UUUUUUUAAAAAAAAAAAAAGAUGUCAGUACCAAAAAAAAGAAAAGAGGUACAUCGAGAUCAACCAACUCAAAUACAAAUACGCUGGAAACCUUUAGAACUUCUUGGGGUCCUAACAUUUCUUAAUGAUAAUUUUGAUUUAUGGAGAGAAAAUCAUCAAAAAGCUUGCAGUGAUGCGAUUAAAGAGACAAACAUCAAUCGUAAUGAACAAGCAAUUUAUACUAAAAUUAACAGUAUGAUUAAGGCUUUAGAAGAAUAUUUUGAGACGGGUAGAAAGUCGAAUUCUUGCGCUGCCAUGUGGGAUGAUGAUAAUAGUAAAAUUUAUGAUUUGGUAAAAGAAAUGUAUGAUAAAACCAAAGGAGGAGAAAAAAAGGAAAGUGAAAAGGAAACUCCAAAUUGUACGAGUGACGGUGAUGACGUUGUAAUGAAUAAUAUAAAUAUGACGACUAUCAAUAUAGAUGUUCCUCAAAUACCUUUUACCAUUGACAUGGUUGACAAGAUCUACAACGAACAAAUUCAAAAUUAUGACCGAUUGGUAGAAAUAAAUAGAAAUAUAAUUAAAAAGAAAAAUAAGGAAGUUCGUGAUUUGCAUGAACAAAUUACUCAUCGUCAAACUGAACUAAUCGAGUUAAUUCAAAAAGCUAAUAAUAUAUUAGAUGAAUUGAAGAAAUUCACUGGAGAAUCUUCAAAAUCUCCUAUGAUGUGA